UAUGAGUCUUAUGAUUAUUCAGGAAAAAACUUCAAACCUACGUACUUUGCCGCGGCGUCUCAGGCUGUCCUAGACGAAAUUAACACUUCGAGGGAAAUGCAAAGUGGUCCUCAUCGAUCGUACCGAAUUUUCACCAGCACUUGCUUCGCUGGAUGUGCGGGUUUCUGGAGAAGGAAUUGGCCUCGAAUCCCCCAACUGAUUAAGUUCACUCAUUGAUGUUUGAGCAAGGCCAUUUGCAGGCCACGGACCGGAAGCCGGGAGGGAAUAUUUGCUGCUGUGUUGACCUCAAGCGCUACUAGAGCAUUGGAUGAGCGUUGCUGAACUUCGGGAAAUGCCAGGAAGUCGAAGGAAUGGUUAUCUUCAAUCGUCUAACAUUGGGAACAUUCUUUUUCUUGCGCAAGCACACAAAACGCAGCACCACAGGUCAUUUCUUUGCGACCCUUGCUUACCAGCUUGCAAGCAAUUUUCCUAACGUCAAGGAGGACGUGAACAGAGCUAUCCGCGACAAUCCUACAGUUCUAGACUCCAGCAAGUCUCUUUGCGGCCAGAUGAUGGUGUUAUUUCGCCGACCUCUCUGGCACCUGCAACUCAGGCUGCGCAAUCAUCCGCCUCCGGUGUUUGUUGUUGAUGCCCUCGAUGCAUCGGAUGAAUGCCAACCUGAAACAGUCGCCGACCUGAUCUCCUCCUCAGGGAAGCAUUUCGUGAUCCUGAACUUCCCGUGA